AUGCCCCCCAAAAAGGGCACAAAACGCAAAGCCAGCAACGGUAGCCUGGCGAACGGCGAAAUGGACCUAUUGCCACCGGACCGUGCAACAUGGCCAGGCUGGGUGGAAAUGGAGUCCGAGCCUGCGUUCUUCAACGUCAUGCUCAACGAGAUGGGCGUCCAAGGUGUCAAGGUGCAAGAGGUCUACGGGCUGGAUGAGGAGAUGCUGGCUAUUCUACCUCAACCCGUGCAUGCUUUGAUAUUUCUCUUCCGCUACCGGGAUGUGGACGAGACUGAGUCUGAAAAGGGCACCGAAUGUCCGGAGCACGUGUGGUUCGCAAACCAGAUCCCGGAUUUUGCUUGCGCGAGUGUGGCACUACUCAACAUCGUGAACAACAUCAAGGGGCUCAGGAUGGGCCGUGAGCUGCGCGACUUCAAAGACUUCACCAAAGACAUGGACCCGCUAAGCCGCGGCGACGCUAUUGACAGCUUUGAGUUCGUGAAAAAGAUUCACAACUCGUUUGCGCGGGAGAACGAUCUGUUGAUCGCAGAUGUGCACUACCGACAGAAAUCGAUGAAGGCCAAGAAGAGGCAAGCGGUUGCAAAAGCUCGAGAGACGCGCGAAGCCAAAAAGGAAGGCAGCACGCCCCUCAAACCGCAACCUGUGAACGGUAGGGCCACUGCUACACCAGAGCGAGCGUCGACUCGAACGCGAAAGCAACCGGCGAGUAUCGCCAAUGGGACAGCAUCGCCAGCGUCCAGCCCAUUGUCAGAUCCGCCGGAGUCCGAUGCAGAUUUUGAGACACCAAGCAAGGCCAAAAAGCACGCACAGGAAACCAACGGUGACCGUCGCCGCUCUGCUCGCCAGCCAAAGCCGCGGAAGGAUGUCUUCGCCACCAAAGCUCCUCCUCCAGACAAUGACGAGCAGGAAGGGUUUCACUUCAUCGCGUACAUGCCGAUUCAGGGUCAUGUCUGGCGAAUGGAUGGUCUUGACAGCUUCCCGCAAGACAUGGGCGAAUUUGAUAAGACAGUUGAUGGGGGGUGGAUGAACGUCGCUCAGCCUGCACUCCAGACGCGUAUGGCGAUGUAUGAGGGUGCAGACAUUGAGUUCAACCUUAUGGCUGUAGUGCAUGAUCCAGUGGUCAAAGAUCGCAACGAGCUCGCACGAAAUAUCAAAGCGCUACAGGCGGUUGACGAAGAGCUGACCAAGUCGUUCGAAGAAUGGCGGGACUUGGACGGCGCAGAGACGAAGAAGGAUGUUAUCACGGGCUUCUCAUCCGAGGUUUCCAUCACCCAGACGGACAUUGACGAUGCGGCCUUGACUAAGGAGCUGCUGGAGGAACUGAAGCAAGAUGACAACUUGAUGCGACUCGUUGAGAUGCGCAAGAAGAUCAUCUGCGAGCAGGCUCCUCUCAGAGGAGCUGUGAGAGAUGCCACGGAGACGGCGAAGGGUGACGAGGAGAAGGCACGUCACAGGAGGCACGACUAUGGGAAGUUUGUGAGGUCAUGGAUGGGAGCUCUGGCGGAGAAUGAGCUGGUGACAGACCUGAUUGAAGACGCUACAUGA